AUGGGCCCCAAGCGGCCCAAGUCCGCCCGCGACUCUCCGGGGCGCCGACCCUCCGCACUCCCGAGCUGGGAGGCCGAGCUGGUGUCCGCCCCCUUCGAGGAGGAUGACUGGAAGCCUAGCAUCGCUUUCGUUGUUGGGACCAAGAUGGAGGAUGAAAUCCACAUUCAGGCCCUGUCUAUGGCUGUGCGGGUGCCACAGCGAAAACUCUUCAGCAUAAUAACCCAUGAAGACAUUUUCAGACAGAUCACAGAAUGUGGGAGUCAAAAGGGAAAAAAGGUUAAGGAUGGGCCCAUGUACUAUGAGGUAAUAGAAUUAGCCAAAGCCAUUCUGGAUGGGGGUGCAGAAAUUCCUGUUACACUAACUGGAAAGCUGUUGAAAUUUCAACUGCUUUGUCUCAAACAGAAGGACCUUCAGAGAAGAGAAGCUGAAAAGAAGGCAGAACAGCAACAAAAAGAAAAAGAAAAAGCUAAACCUCCUGACAAAGCAGCUGAAAAAGAAAGUAAAGGAAAAAAGUCAGCAGCCCCAGCCCCUGCUAAAAAGGACACCAAAUUGAAACAACGACAUGGAGAAGUGGAAGAGAAAGACCAAUACAUUGAUGAUGAACCAGAUGAUGGUGCCCAUCAUUACUUUAUAAUUUUGGAUUUCCACAACCUUCAGCUGUUACCUGUAAUGGCUGAGCUUGGAAUUAACAUUUCAAGUGUAAUUCAAAUUUCUUCUGAGAAUUACAAGCCAUUGCAGAUACACUUGGAAGAAACUACACUUCAAAGAGAGCCUUUAAUUUCAUCUGAAGAAACAGAGAAAAUAAAGGAAGAUGAAGCUAACAAAGACCUGGAAACAUUUUGGAAAUACCUGGAGCCAGUUCUGAACAGUGGAAAGCAUGGAUCAAGUCUCUAUGAUGUUGCCAGGCUCCAUCACCUAGUUAAGGAAAGUGACUUUCCCACUGAUUGGUCUGACAAGGAAAUGCUGCUUGCAUUUGGUACUGUGCUGUUUGAACACAUUGCUCGUUUGAUGUAUGAUUGCCUGGACUGGAAAAGGCAGCAUUGCAACUACUUGGAAAACACCAACUUUAUUAAUGUGCCUACGUUAUCAGAGAGCAAAUCACCACAACAAUCUGUAACUGAGGUUGAACCAGCAUCACACAUGACCCCUCCAAAGAAAAAAGGGAAAGCAGAAGAAGUUCUGCCAACAGAAAUUUUGUCACAGGCUGAAGAAACUUCUUUUUUGUCUCCUUCCGUGGACAUGAGGUUUUACAAUGACUUGCUGAGUCAGAUUCCCGAGGAAUACUUUUCUGUACCUUUAAUGCUGAGCUGCAUGUUGGAACAGGUUAUUGCGAGUGAAGAAGACCUUACACCACCUAGUCUGGUGGUACAAGAGCCUCAGGCAGAUGGGUUUCGUCGUGCCAUUGCAGAUCAUAUAGUCUCUGUUCUUCCUUCUCUUUCGCUUUCUUUGAGUGAAAAGAAGAAUCUAUAUGACUACUUUUCUUCUAAGUGCAGUGAAGAAAAGACUGUCACCCCCCAGUACCCUCUCUUAUUUAACUACCAUGAUACCCUGGCUCAGCGGUUGCACCUGCUGAAGGCCCAGGAGAACUUAAAUCCGGAAAAUAUUGAGCGUGAAAUGAUGAAUAAACUGCCUCUUACAGAACUUACCCAUUUCACCCUUCCUUCAACUAAAAAUAACCCUAAACACUUGGCCAGAGUUCAUGAGCUCAUGCAUUAUUGUACCAGUGAACUUCUGAGUUGGGCUGAAGUAGAAAGAGCCUUUAGAGUAUUUACUUUUGAAAGCCUGAAGCUGACCUGGCUGAGUGACUCUGGUUUCCUGGAGAGCUCUGGAUCUAUGGUUGGAGGGAAUUCUGAAGUGUCUUGUAUCCCUUGGGAUAAUCCAGACAUGUUUGCAAGACAGCUGAGGCAACUCUUCCUUAUGGAAAAGAAGCUUAAUGGAAAAUCUCCAAGAGGCUCCGGGCAUACAGAAAUAAAUGGCAAAGAUGGAAGAGAUGGUCUGGCUGAUCCUCUUUUGAACAAAGAAUUAGAUCUUCCUGUUUCUGAUAUGGUGAGUCUGGAAAAUUACUUAGAAGAAAUAAAAAAGAUACAGCAGCGUUGCUUGACAGACUGGAAUUUUGAGGAGCAUUUUCAACCACAUGUUCUUCUUCAGGUUCUUCAUACAGCAUCUCAAGAAUAUAGAUGUAUUGAUACCUUUUAUCAUAACCAAGAUAACUCUUUGUUAAUGGUUUUUCACAAUCCUAUGAAUCAAUAUCGUCUGUGCCAAGAGACUUGGGAUAUUGCAUUGCACUCUAAUGUUGGAUUCAGGAAUUAUCUCGAGCUGGUGGCUAACUCAAUUGAGGACUGGGUGAGAGAGGAAGAAGCUAAAUACCAAGAAGAGAAGAUGGGCAAAACAUCAGGACCUGAGAGCAUAAGAGAAUCUCAAUCCAACAAUGGAGAAAGUCCCAUUAUCAGAGAAGAUUCUUUAAAGGCUUGGAAGAAGGAGCAGGACCGCUUACGAGAGGAAGAAACAAAAGGAAAGACAGAAAAUUUGGGAAGUAAAAAGAAAGGACAGGAGAUAAUAGAUGGAGAGUGUAAAGAUUCCAAAGAGAAGUCUGAAAAUGAGCCAACAAAAGCCUCUGAACUUCAGGAGGAUCACAGCAUUCCAGAACCAUGUUCUGAGAAAGUUUAUAAGUUUCAUGGCUACAAUACAGGGGAGGAUGUAAUUCAGAUAUCAGGAACCAAUCAAUAUCUCUUCCCAUCCGACGGAGGACAGAUUCAAGUAGAGAAGAUAGAGUUUGUAAAAGGUCUAACUUUGGUAAAGGUGAAAGUGAUAAAAGACAACCACAAUUUCUUCAUUCAUAUCACAGAUCCUAAGAAAAACUUGGAAGAAGCUGAAGUGCAAGAAAUUAAUGAAGAAGAGAAAAUUAGAUCAGGAAAAAUAAAAAAUCAAAAGAAAGCUGUGAGCAAGUUUGGAUCUUUUUCAGCCACCUUGGAAAAUGGAAUCCAGCUGUCCCUAAGCUAUUAUGGACCUACAGGGAAGACAGCAGAUGAUGAAAACGGUGAUAUCUUAGCAAGAAUUCUGGACAUCCCUUCUGUUCAUAUUCCGACCAUAAUUCCGACAGAAGUGGCUCCCAUUACACCAGCUUUGGGAAAAAAAGAUAAGUCCGACAAACAAAAGUCAGGAAAAUCUCAGCCUUCUACAAAAGCAAACCGUAGCAAAAUAGACCCUUCAUCGUCUGAUGACCUGGUACAGCAAGAAGAAGUAAAGAUGGAAAUGGAAGAACCAGCUCCCCAAAUACAAGAGAUAUCAGAUGUUCUUGCUUUUCCGAGUUUGAAUGUCUCCUGUCCCAAUGGACUUGUAUUAAGUUUCCUUGGUGAAAGCUUUGAAGAUUUGAAAGAUGAAGCCACUACCACUGAAGAGAAAGAGGUGGUAAAGGAAAGUGAGGCCAAAGCAGAUGAAGCAAAGGAGGAAGAGGUUGAGGAAAAUGAGGCCAAAGCAGAUGAAGCAAAGGAGGAAGAGGUUAAGGAAAGUGAGGCCAAAGCAGAUGAAGCAAAGGAGGAAGAGGUUAUGGAAAGUGGAGAGAAGGAGCAUGAGGUUUCAGAAGGUGAAAUAGAGCACAAAGACACUGAAAGAAAAAAGGCCAAGCAGCCUACUCUGGAAAUUCUGGUUAGACAGAGUUAUCCCCAAAAGGUAAAGAACUCCCAGCUUUAUACACCUGUGGCAAGGCAAACAGAACAAGAGGUGUCAAGAGUCAUCACUAGGCAAGGAACUGUCAUGAAGUACCUGAUGGAUGGAUCUACCCAGAUUCUGUUUGCUGAUGGCACAGUGAGUAGGAGCCCCGACUCUGGUCCUGUCCUACCACCAUCUACAAUUCCAGAUAACAUACAACCAUUACCAGAAUCAGAGCUUUUACAUGAGACCAGGAUUAAGAAAGGAAAACACAGUGGCAAAAACAUGUCACACCCAACCAAGGAUGAGUUGUUUGAAAAUACUGUUCAGGAUCUGGUUAAUUCUGAGGAACCUAAGGCAGGAACCUGGAUAACAACAACUCCAUUAGGCAUUCAAGUGGGCACUGAGGGUGGAAAGAGAAUGGAUCUGAAGCCACUCUUCAUGUAUCAGGCAACAGACCCAGCUGAUGAGACGGUUAUGACUGUACGAGAUGAUGAAGUGAUAAUUGUUGAGAAGCUGGAUGGUAGCAAAGUAGUAGAUCAUGCUGAUGGUACCAGGAUCACAACUUUUUAUAAAAAAUGUGAAUGCCGUUUUGUACCAGAUGGUGGUGAGGAAACAGAUGAACCCUCAAAAACCACCCCAAAGAAGGUGAAGUGUGUGCGAGUAGAGAAUCCUGAGUUUGCUACUGUUAUAACAAAUUGUGAGGAUGGUACCUGUUGUACCAUCUUUGGAGAUGGGACAUCUAUUCUAGCAAAGCCACGGGGAACAUAUCAGGUUUUACCCAUCAAGACAGGCUCUCUUUUCAUUGAUGAAGAUUGCUCAGCAAUUUAUACCCAUGAAGUUUAUGAUUUCGUCAGCAAGAACGAGGAGAAACAAGCAGGGAGAUACAUUAUGAAACACACUUCUAGUACUAUUUGUGAGAUGGUGGAUCCUGAAGGAAAUACUUUCAAGGUCAUGGCUGAUGGCAGCACAAAUGUGUGUGUUCCCAGCACUUGCUCUAAUGACAAGGAGGACAGAAGUUCAGCAGCAGUAUUCCAAGAAGUUGACAAACCCAUCACUUAUGAUGAGCAUGCCCCCAGGUUUUUCACUGUCUAUGAGGAUGGUUCUGGAACUGAGCUCCUGCGGAGCCGGGAUGUACACACAUAUCUGGUUGAGGCCUGUAGUGAUCCUGCCACUGCAAUCUUGCAGGAUCCUGUACAAGAACAUCCAGGUGUUUUAAGUAUUACUAUCCUCCACCCUAUGACUGACGCCUCCCCCUGGGUAAUGAAGAAAGAACCAGAGAGUAUUGUUCCUCCAAAUCUUCGGUCAGAACCAGAGAGUAUUGUUCCUCCAAAUCUUCAGUCAGAACCAGAGAAUAUUGUUCCUCCAAAUCUUCAGUCAGAACCAGAGAAUAUUGUUCCUCCAAAUCUUCAGUCAGAACCAGAGAAUAUUGUUCCACCAAAUCUUCAGUCAGAACCAGAGAAUAUUGUUCCACCAAAUCUUCAGUCAGAACCAGAGAAUAUUGUUCCACCAAAACUUCAGUCAGGGACUGAGGAAGCAUCUUCUCCUCUUGAGAGGAAGAUCACAGAUCCCUCAGUCAGAACGUGUAUUUGGAAGGGUCUCUGCAUUGGAUCUGCAGAGCAGUCAUCCUUACCAGUACCUGUGCGUAAAUGUCCUAAUAACCUGGUAAUCCGUCAGCUAUUCCAGUAUAAGCCACUCAGUGAUGAACUAAGAGAAAAGCUGCAUCUUUCCCUCAAGGAAUAUAUGGACAACAUUUUAAAGCAUGAAAAUGAGCUGGAAGAGAUGAAUGUGAAAGAACCAAGAACAGAAGAGGAAAAGGAGAAUGCUGAAAGUCUCCUUGAACUGGUUACAUCCUUCCCUAACUGGGAGAAGUCAAUUGAAAAUCUCAGUGAUAGAGCUCAUGUGAGUGAGCUGUAUGAACAGGCUUCUCAUCACACAAAGAAGAUAAUCACUACACAAAGAGAGGACCAACAGCAGCAGUUAAGCCCAGAAGGAGUAACACCAAUGUCCAAGUGGCCAAGCAGAUUGGAACAGCACAGGAAAGAACUUGAUGAAGAAAAGGAGACCUUAAUGGCAAUAAGAAACAAAAGAUUUCUUCCAUAUUUUGAGUCAGAAUUCAGCAAAGAAUUUUUCGAAAAAAAGUUUCCUGAUGUGGAAGCACUGUGCAUGGAACUUCCUCCAGUUCAAAAAAAAGAAAGUGUGACUUUCCCUCCAGACACAAUUAAAAAACCCAGUAGAGCAGCUGAACUUCUUGAUACUAUAAGUGAUUCAUCACUUUUGCCUGGCCUUCUGCUGCAAGCUCCUUCCAAACAAAAUGAAAGUUCCAGCAUCACAACAGACCUAAACAAGGCUGCAAGAACAGAAGAGGCACCCUUUCAACAUAAAGUUCAAAGUCUGACAGUGAAUGCUGCAGGACAGACAAGAAAAGAGAAAGUAAUAUUACCGUCAUCCCUUCAGGGGACAAAACCAAACUCCAUACCAAAUAAAAAGAUAGAAGAUCCUGUGGCAGGAAAGAUCAAAACAUCUUCUCUUGCAACAACAAGACAGGAUCUUAACGGCUUCCAUCUCAUCCCACCCAGAGUGACAUUCGGAGUGUUAAAGGAAGGCUGCACCUAUGCAACCACUGUAAUCAUGAAGAACGUCGGUGUGAACUUCUCAAGGUUUCGGGUGAAGCAGCCGCCUCCAUGCACAGGACUGAGAGUGAUGUACACACCAGCACCUGUGGCGGCAGGCUUGGAGGUUGAACUGGAGAUAGAGAUUUUUGCCAUGGUAAUUGAAGGGAAAGAUACUGGUGGCCUUGAAGAAGUUUCCCAUGAUAUUGAAAUAUUAACAGAAACAGACACUCUUCUCCUGCCUGUGAAAGCAACUGUGUUAACCAAUGACAUUUAUGAGUGCCGCCCAGAAGGAUACCCUCAAGGAGGGAUGGCAGCAACAGUCCGGGCAGUUCCUACAAGCCCCAAGCCACGGCUACGGAUUACACUACCCCGAAAGCCUUCUAGUUAAUGUUAGAGCCCUAGAAGAAUAACAUGAGGAUCAACAGCACUGAAAUACCUGAAUUUUAGUCCAACGGUAGAGAAACAUCCCAGUGUAGGCUUUUUCAUUUACUUAAUCAGAUUAAGUGUGAAUAAAUAUUUUUCCUGUUCCCUAUUAAUGGGAAAAGUGGUCCCAAAA